UUGAAUUGCAUUAAAUUAAAUACGAAGCGAUUUAUUUUCGAAAAAUUGACACCGAAAAAUCCUUCGCAAUCGUUUUGCGAGUUCUAUAUGACAAUAAAACCGUUGCGUUCGUAAGUCGGUUUUUUCAAUAGUUAGUACCUAUACACACCUCUAUCUCUAGUAACGAGUCAUGCUUAGACGAAUGGAUACACUAGUUGCUACUACUGACCGACUUCACUUAUAGUGUGUGUUCCUGUGCGCGAUUGUUGAGUGGUUGCUUGUGGACGACGACGCACGAGGCGGUGCGUGUUCUAUUGUGUGUUCUAUGGUGGUGACAUAAUUCCCUAGCACGCGAGUUCUGUUAUAUUUGAUUUGAUUUGAUUCAUUUUUGUAACGUUUUGGUUACAUAUUUUAUCGAUACAUUUUAUUUUCUAUUUGCCGAUACUCCUUUUUGUGUUUAAGUUUUUGUAUAUUUUAUUUGUAUUUGUUGUUUCGGGCGGCUUAAGUUGGCGGUCAGCAGCAGAAUGACGUGGUCGUGGUCGAACUUUCGUCAUUUAAAUGUUCUGAUAGGACUCGUGAUCCUGUUAGCCUCGAUGGGAUGGUCUAAUUCAAGUGUUAUUAAUGGGCGAAAAAAUAAUAGCUUCGAUUCGAAUAGCAUGCUGCGUGACAGUAGCAAUGCUAAAGGUGUAGUUGUUGUUGGUGUUGGUGGCGGUGGAAAUGGUAUUCACGUUGAUGUUGAUAAUAAUGAUGAUGGUGGUGGUUGGGGUGGCUUAAAUGGCGCCCAACGCCAACAACAUCAACGUACGGUUAUUAUUGUUGGUGGCGAAGAGGACAAUGGCGAAGAUGAUUCGUUGUCAUCAUCAAUGAUGAUGAAUGAUAAAAGCGCUAAAUUACAGUCAUAUGCGGCUUCGACUAACAGUGAUAUAAGUGAUGCUGAUGAUAGUGUUUCGAACAAUGGCAAUGGUGAUGGCGUUGAUGAUGCCGUUAAGGACGAUGCCAGUGAAGAGGAUAAUAUGAUUUUGCCUCUGAAUGAUCAAGUGCGUUUGUUAACAAAACAGUUGAACGCCCUCAUGACACGCCGCAGAGAGGAUUAUGAACUAUUGGAGAAUAAUCUACGCAAAUCCCUAAGGAUAACGAACAAUGCCGAGAAUAUGGAUAUGAAUAUUCGCUCUGAAUUGGAUCAACUCAGGCAUGAAAUUAAAACAUUACGUGAUAGUCAUAUUGGUGGCAAUAAAGAGAAACUCACUGUCGAAUGGAUUUCACAGUCAAUAGCCGAAAUUCGAAAGGAAUUGAGCGAAUUACAAAAUUUAGCUAGUAAGGCAUCCAAGGACGUUAGUCAACGUACACAGAAUUUUGAAGAUUUGGCAACAAUCAAAAGUGAUUUCCACCAAUUCAAAUUGGAAUUGGUAGCACUUAAGGAGCGCCAACAAACAACUGAAGUAUUUGUUAAGGAAUUACGUGAGGAUGCGAUACAGCGUGAGGAGGAUAUGCGAAGGAUAUUGUUAAAUCGUGACCAAAGUGAUGAGACAAACACCAAUAGUGUCAUUCAAUUGAAUACCGAUUCCGAAGCAGAUCACAAACGUCGCCAUCAUCGCUUCCAACGUCAGCAAUUGCACGAACUCGAACUAGCACAACGAGAUGUAAAACGCCAACUAAACGAACUGCAAUACCAUCGCAUCGGCGAACGUGUACGUAAUUUAGAAAUCGAACAGCACCGCAUUGCUGGCGCCAAUUUCAAUCUUAGUCGACAAAUCGCCAGUCUAGAUAAAUUGCACACCUCCAUGUUGGAACUAUUGGAAGAUGUCGAAGGCGUACACAACAAAAUGGACAAAACAUUACCGGAUGUGCGGCGAGAGAUUUCCAAAUUGGAAUUCACCACAGCACAAUUAAGCUCCGAACAGAGUUUAAUUCGUGAGGAGGGUCAAAAUGUGGCACGCAGCGUUCAAGCGAUAUCAGUGAGUGUGAGUGCAUUGCAAGAGGAACGUGAUUCAUUCAAGGAUAUGCAAACCAAUGUUGACACCUUGCGGAAAGAUGUUGAACGUCUGCAAAGCAUAACCGAACUUCAAAAGUCAAUUGUUCAUCGAAGAAUCGAAAAGAUGGAAAUGGAGGCAAAACGGAAAGCAAUGCUUGCUUUGGAUCUGCAGAGAGUGAACAAGGCUGAUGCCAAUAUUGUGAUGGCCGACGACUACAAUGUCAACAAAAGCAGCAGCAUCAGCAGUAGAAAUAACAACAACAACAACCGUCAGCCAGCUUCGGAGAAUAUUGAAAUGGCCGCACAGAACUUAGUUGAGAAAUUGGAAUCCGUCGAAUUGCAAUACGAGUCGAUAAUCAACAAAUUGCCCAACGACUGCAGCCAAGUUGAAAAAGGAUCAGGCUUGGCGGGCUCUGUUGGCUCGGGACCAGGUACACCUAUAUCAGGCUCUACUGUGUCGUCUGGGUUGUAUUUGAUUGCACCCGCAGGUCAAAAUAAGCCGGUUAUGGCUCACUGCAGCGGUGAUGGCUGGACGACAAUUCAACGCCGCUUCGAUGGCAGCGUUGACUUCAAUCGCUCCUGGGAGGCGUACGCUAGUGGUUUUGGGUCACCAUCUGGUGAAUACUGGAUUGGAAAUGAGAUGCUUCAUCAUCUGACCGCCGACAAUUGCACGGAACUGAAAAUUGUGAUGCAGGACAUCUAUGACAAUACGUGGUACGCUCAAUACAAGAACUUCUAUAUAUCAUCACGCGAGGACGGCUAUCGGUUGCACAUCAAGGGUUACAGUGGAAACGCCUCGGAUGCGCUCGAUUACCAAAAUGAGAUGCAAUUUUCGGCGAUAGACGUCGAUAGGGACAUCUCGAAUACACACUGUGCUGCUAACUAUGAGGGUGGGUGGUGGUUCUCCCAUUGUCAGCAUGCGAAUCUAAAUGGUAGAUAUAAUUUGGGUUUGACAUGGUUUGACGCUUCCCGCAAUGAGUGGAUUGCUGUGAAAUCAAGUCAAAUGUUAAUUACAAAGCGUCCGAGCUGCAACGUCGAUACCGUCCGGCCGUCGUCAUCGUCGUCGUUAUCAAAUCAAAGUCGUCAUACAAGUGCCGAUGCGACGGCAGAACAAGGGUCAUCUGUGACGUCGUUGUCGUCGUCGUCGUCAUCAUCGUCAGCGACACCACUCACAGAAGCUGCUGCGGCGGUAUCGACGAGUAACAGUAAUGACCAAAAUACGUUGACAAUAGUUAGUGGUAGGCGGGCUGUUGGGUUGAAAUCACCACAAACAGCAGUAAUCACUAAUGCCGAACUUACUUAAGUAAGAACCACCACAACCAUCGCAUCUGUAGUUUGAAGCGCAGUGUUUUUUUUUUAUUUUAUUAUAUCCAUUAUUUAUUUUAAUUUAAUUUUAUAUUUCAUUAACAACAAAAAUACGCACAUAUUUCAGUCGAAACAAAAAUUUCUCAUAUCAUUUCAUAAAAGUUUGCACAAAAUGAAAAUAAUUCACAAAACAAA